AUGGAGAGAUAUGAGGAAGUGAAAGAUAUUGGGUCGGGGAAUUUCGGAUUUGCGAAGCUGGUGAGAGAUAAAUGGAGUGGGGAGCUUUUUGCUGUCAAGUAUAUCGAGAGAGGGAGCAAGAUUGAUGAGCAUGUGCAGAGGGAGAUCAUGAACCACCGAUCUUUGAAGCAUCCCAACAUCAUCCGAUUCAAAGAGGUCUUGCUGACACCGACCCAUUUGGCGAUAGUAAUGGAGUAUGCUGCCGGCGGGGAGCUGUUCGAGAAAAUAUGCAAUGCCGGCAGAUUCAGUGAAGACGAGGCAAGGUUUUUCUUCCAACAACUGAUAUCAGGAGUCAGUUACUGCCAUUCAAUGCAAAUUUGCCAUAGGGAUUUGAAGUUAGAAAACACGCUGUUGGAUGGAAGCCCAGCACCCCGUCUCAAGAUUUGCGAUUUCGGAUAUUCCAAGUCAGCUGUGCUCCAUUCACAGCCCAAAUCGACGGUGGGAACGCCGGCCUACAUUGCACCAGAAGUCUUGUCAAGAAAAGAAUACGACGGCAAGAUAGCGGAUGUUUGGUCAUGUGGGGUUACGCUGUAUGUCAUGUUGGUGGGAGGUUAUCCUUUCGAAGAUCCUGACGAUCCAAGAAACUUCAAGAAAACCAUUCAGCGGAUCCUAAGCGUGCACUACUCAAUCCCAGAUUAUGUUCGAGUCUCCAAGGAGUGCAAACAUCUCCUCUCCACCAUUUUUGUGGCCGACCCUGAAAAGAGGAUAACAAUCCCAGAGAUAAAGAAGCAUCUGUGGUUCCAGAAGAACUUGACAGCGGAAUUCAACGUGGGAUCAGAAGCUGAAGGGAAGGUCGGAGCUAAUGGCGGGGAAUUAGGAGGCGACGGCGGCGGCCGGGGGUGGCAGCAGACGAUGGAAGAAGUGGCGGCCAUAAUCCAGGAGGCCAGGAAAGGAGGGGAUGGCCUGAAAUUGGGCGGCAAUUUGAUUGGCUGUGGAGGUAGCAUGGAGCUUGAUGAUCUGGAUGCUGACAUGGACGACAUUGACGAUGUGGAGACCAGUGGAGAAUUUGUUUGUGCUUUGUGA